AAUUGUGUGCUCAGUAUGUCCCAUUAUCCCCUUCUUGCUCUGUGGUCUUGGCUUCUUAUUUUGUUUCAAUUUUUUCCUUGUUCCCAGCUCACUGAAUGCCUCUGCUAUAUCAGCAGUGCAUAAAAUUGUUUUGUCUUAGCUUGAGAGCUACCUAACCCGAACCUGAACAUGACCCUUUUCAUUAAAUGGGCUCAAAAUUGAUAGCCCUAAUUCUGGCACCUAUAUUUGAUGAUCCAGUAAUCGGAUAUUUGAUACAUGCCAACACAGAGCUCGAUUGGAUGAUAAUGGCUGCUCCUGCAUAUGUGAAACAAGGCACCUAUGACUUCAAUGAUGAUGAUGAUGAUGAUGGGCCCCUAGUUUUUAAAAGGGGUAGCAACUCAACUUCUAAGCAAAAUCAGUUAAACCUCGAAACAAGGAAGCCUCUAUUGUCAUCUCAGAACUCUAAUGGUCAAAGCUCAAAUGUCCAAAAGGGUAAAAACGCUGUUCCAUCUUCCAAGGCAUCACCAGUGAAAUCUCCAAUUGGAAGCCCUAAAGCAUCAACUUCAUCUGUGAUGGCAUCUUCAGUGAAGUCACUGGUGCCAAAUUCAAAAGCCUCAAGUUCUUUAGAUGAACACAUGAAACAGGCAUCCAAACAUAAUACAUCUAAUGUUGUCAAGGAGGAUAUCAAUUCUGUUAAACGUGAAUCAAAUGAUGCUGAAGAUGAUUCUGAGGAUGAUCUGCCAUUGAGUUCUAGAAUUAAGGGAACCAACAGAAGUGCACCUAAUGUUGUCAAAGAUGAAGAUUCAGAUGAUGAUAAUACCCCUUUAUCCAAGAAGUACAUAAUGAAGUCGAGUACAGGGACAUUGGAUAGUAAGCCCAACAACUCUAGCUUAAAGAAACCUUUGGCUUCGAAAAUUCUAGAGAAUGGUUCCAUUAUGAGGGACAAACAACAGAAAACAUCUCAGCUGCCAACUAAGAGACCUAUAGAUAAGCCUAAUUCAUCCGAUCAGUCUUCUUCUAAAAAGCCUAAGCUUUCUGAUGUAUCUACAACAACAAAAAUUAAGCAAGUGACAGUCAAGCCAGAACAGAAGGCAGAUGAUGAUGCCUGUGACAAUGUUGUGCUUAGUCAGAGAAAGAAGAUGGGCUCUUCGGAUAAUAAAUUACCAUCUUCCAAGCAAAAUGCAACAAAAGUUGCUUCUUCUUCAGUUCAAAAGAAGAAUAUUAAGAACAAGAAACAAAUUAAAAAUGCAAAAUAUUCCAAGUCAACAAAAAUGCAACCUAGUUCCACAGAUGGGCAGAAAAAGUGGACUACCUUGGUUCACAAUGGUGUCAUUUUUCCACCUCCAUACCAGCCUCACAGCAUUAAGAUUCUCUACAAGGGGCAGCCAGUUAAUUUGACUCCUGAACAAGAGGAGGUUGCAACAAUGUUUGCAGUUAUGAAAGAUACAGAUUACAUGCAAAAACCAAAAUUUCUUGAGAACUUCUGGACUGAUUGGCGAAAAUUAUUGGGGAAGAACCAUGUGAUACAGAAGUUGGAAGACUGUGAUUUCACCCCAAUAUAUGAAUGGCAUCAGCAGGAGAAGGAGAAGAAAAAACAAAUGAGUACAGAAGAGAAGAAGGCCUUGAAAGAAGAGAAGUUGAAGCAAGAGGAGAAGUACAUGUGGGCUAUUGUUGAUGGUGUCAAAGAGAAGGUAGGAAAUUUCAGAGUUGAACCACCUGGGCUGUUCCGAGGCCGGGGAGAGCAUCCAAAGAUGGGAAAGCUGAAAAAGCGCAUCCGUCCAAGUGAUAUUACCAUAAAUAUUGGAAAGGAUGCCCCAAUUCCUGACUGCCCUAUUCCUGGUGAAAGUUGGAAAGAAGUGAAGCAUGAUAAUACUGUUACAUGGUUGGCUUUCUGGAAUGAUCCAAUCAAUCCAAAAGAAUUCAAAUAUGUCUUUUUGGCAGCCAGCAGUUCCUUGAAGGGGCAAAGUGACAAGGAGAAAUAUGAGAAGGCAAGAAAGUUGAAGGACUACAUAUGGAACAUCAGAGCAGCCUACCAAAAGGAUUUUAAGAGUAAAGAUCUUACAAAGAAGCAAAUAGCAGUUGCUACAUAUCUUAUUGAUAAGCUAGCUCUUAGGGCGGGUAAUGAGAAGGAUGAUGAUGAAGCCGAUACUGUUGGUUGUUGUACAUUAAAAGUAGCAAAUGUAGAGUGUAUUCCUGGAAGUUCUAAUUUGAAGUUUGACUUCCUUGGAAAAGAUUCCAUUCGAUACGAAAACACAGUUGAGGUUAAGCAUGAGGUGUAUGAAGCUAUUGGAACUUUCCAGAAGGGGAAAAAGCAAACGGAUGAUCUUUUUGACAAGCUGGAUACAACUAAACUGAAUGCUCACCUGAAGGAACUUAUGCCUGGCCUUACAGCAAAAGUUUUUCGUACAUACAAUGCAUCAAUCACAUUGGAUGAAAAGUUGUAUGAGGAAACUGAAGAUGGGGAUGUCGCAGAAAAAGUUGUCAUUUAUCAACGAGCAAACAAAGAGGUUGCGAUCAUUUGUAAUCACCAGCGUACUAUCUCAAAAUCUCAUGGUGCACAAAUGUCAAGGUUGACUGAGAAAAUUGAGGAACUCAAGGCCACCCUUAAAGAGCUGAAAAUUGAUUUGGACAGGGCAAAGAAGGGGAAACCCCCAUUAAAGGAUUCUGCUGGAAAGCGAAAGAGGAACCUGAGUCCGGAAGCCAUAGAGAAAAAGAUAGCAUCUACCAAUCAGAGGAUUGAGAAAAUGGAAUUGGCUAUGAAGACCAAAGAGGAUCUGAAAACUGUGGCUUUAGGGACGUCCAAAGUCAAUUACCUUGAUCCUAGGAUCACUGUGGCAUGGUGCAAACGACAUGAAGUUCCAAUUGAAAAGAUAUUCAACAAAUCUCUUCUGGCAAAGUUUGCCUGGGCAAUGGAUGUGGAUCCCCAAUUCAGAUUCUGAUCCUCCACUGCGACCACCUCCCAAAAAGGAAAAAAGAAAACCAACCUAAAAAAGUCAUAAAAAAGAGUACAAUUCCUGUUCUUUCAUCACCCUCAUUACAGUUUAUUUGAACAUAUAUAUUCUUUUCCUCAUGUUCAAGCAGAAAAAUUAAUGUUGUAUGUUCAAUCUAAUCUAAUCAUGUGGCGAUUUGCCCUCUUCUUUA